AAGGAAAAACUAAAAGUGAAUGAUUCCUUAACCCAUUCACAAGUUUUAAGGAACAUGACAAAGAAUCUAACUUUUCCUACUUUAAAUUUUGAAAAAAAAGUAGUUUCCCAAUAAUCACUUUUCUUCGUCCCCACAUCGACUCAUUUACAAUGAUUAAUCUUCUGUUUGUACUCAUAUUCAUCGAGAUGGGUAUAAUCCUUUCCUUAACUUUUGCUACCCCGGCAAGAAAAAUAUCGAUGAUCGGAUUAGAUAGAACCAAACGAGGCCGUGGACUCGUUGUUUCAAGAACUAUCGCGGGUAUCAUGUUGUUAAUCUUUUCGUCAAGCUUAUACACCCUUGUUAAGACCCGAGAAAGUGUGCCCGACUCGAUCAUGAGCCCGACUCGUCAAGUUCUUAUGGCUAACCAUUUGCUUGAAGCUUCUCUUUUAGGUUUCUCCAUGUUCAUGGGAUUGAUGAUAGACAGGCUACACUACCAUAUUAAAGAUAUCAAUAACUUAAGGAAGCGUUUGGAUGCAAUGAAACAACUCAAAUGAAAGAAAGACAUUAUUUCUUAUAUUGGCAAAACACUCUAAGGAUAAUAAUUUAUUAGGAUUGUUUGUGAUAAUUAAUAUGGUAAGAAUGUCAACUUGUAUAAAUUACUAAGAAAACAUACAAAAAUGUACUUUUGAGAUUAUAAUUUUAUUUAACAAUACUAUAAUUAGGCAUA